AUGGGGAAAGGAGUAAGGCAAGGUGAUCCUCUUUCUCUUAUGCUUUUUGUUCUUGCAGUGGAAGGAUUAAAAGCUUUAAUUGUUCAAGCAGUAAGGCUCAAUAUCCUAGAUGGGGUUCAUGUUGAUGGUUAUCCAGAGCCAUUAUCUAUUCUUCAAUUUGCGGAUGAUACUUUGAUUUUUGUUCCUAAUGACUUGGAUAUGAUCAAGAAGCUUCUUCGGGUUCUGCGGUGUUUCGAGGUGAUCUCUGGCCUUUCAAUCAAUUAUCAGAAAAUUUCAAUUGUUGGGAUUAAUAUGGAUAAUGAUUCUCUCUUGUCGGCUUCCUCUAUUCUGAACUGUUCUAUCAGUCACUUUCCUAUCACUUAUCUCGGCCUUCCGCUUUCAGUUAAACCUAUUCGGGCUACCUCCUGGAAUCCCAUAGUUGAUAAUUUUCAGUCUCAGUUGGCAAACUGGAAGGGCAAUCUUUUAUCUCCUGCAGAUUUCUUUGGUGUGGUUUGCCAGAAGGAAAAGGCAUUUAUUAAGUGUCGUGGGAUAAGCAUUCCAGCUCCUCUGUCAACAAGAUUUCCCCGCCUGUUUUCCCUUUUCAGUAACCCUCAUAUUUCAGUUUCUCAUAUGUUCAGUAACAUGCCGAUUCAGUUCACUUGGCGGAGACGUCUGCGCAUCGGAGAGCAGGAAGAGUUGGAGCUGCUGCUAGCUGAGCUCAAUUUGGUUACUAUUAACAGUAACGUUCUGGAUACUUAUAGCUGGAUGGGUCGUCCAAACUCCUUCAACUGCAGGUCAGUUUCUCGUCGUCUUCAACAGGGCCAUUCAGUCCAGAAUCGGCUUCAACGUGGUGCUUUGGCAACUGGUAUUUGGAAAUGGAAAGUUCCUCCUCGGAUUCAGUUUUUUGCUUGGUUUCUUGUCAAGGACAGGUUAUUUUCAAAUGCUUCCCUUGUGGCUAGAGGUAUCAUCAAUUAUGAUCUUAUUGGUUGCUCCAUUUGCAAUGAAAUUGAAACUAGUAUUCAUAUAGUUUUACAUUGCGAAUUUGCUUGGAAAUUUUGGUCCGUCAUCUUGAGGAAUUGUGAUAUUUGUUGGGUUUCUUCUCCAUCCAUUGAAGAUUUUUAUAACUUUUGGUCUUCUCUCUCGAUUCCGGUAUAUAAGGAUCUUUGGUGGCUUGUUUGGUUUUUUGGUUGUUGGAAGUUUUGGAAAGCUAGAAAUAACCGAGUGUUCAAUGAUGGUGCUUCUUCUACAGAUUCUUUGGUUUACUUAGUCAUUUGUAGAGCGGUUUUGUUUUAUGCUUCUUUUCAUCCUCAUUUUCCUUAUUCAGGAAAUGAUGUGUUUAGAUGUAUUGAUUAUUUUGUAAAGACUAUUUGA